AUGUCUGCCUCCGGGGAUCCAGGCCAGGCCCCAGGUGGCCAGGAGAGCCCCGUGAGCGCGGCGGGGGCGUGGGCCCCAGAGGCCGGAGAUGGCCACGGGGUGGCCCUCGAGUCCAGGCUCCCCCGGAUUGAGGUGGUCGGAGUGGUGGAGCCCGUGGGAGGCCUCUGGGAAGGGUUGGUCGAGUCCGGGCCCCCCGGAAUGGAUGUGGACCUCGAGUCCGAGCCCCCCCAGAUGGAGAUGGCCCUCGAGUCCGGGCCCCCCCUGAUGGAGGUGGCCUUCGAGUCCGGGAUCCCCCGCAUUGAGGUGGCCGAAGUGGCGGGGCCCGUGGGAGCCCUUGGGGAGGCCGCGGUGGGUCUGGGUUUGGCCCGCGGCCCCGAGGGCUGGAGCGCCGAGGCCGAGGCGGAGGACGACGACUCGGAGUUCUGGCCGGCGGAGGAGGGCGGCGAGGAGCAGCUGGAGGAGGGCCCGGACAUCAUAGUGGACGCCCACCAGUUCCCCAUGGUGGGCUUCCUCUUCAUGUUCCUGGAGUUGGUACGCUCGCUGCUACACCGCCUCCGCUGCAACGACCACGUCCUUGUGGGGCCCGGCCGCGGCGGCGGUCGCGCCCGCGUGAUGGUCCGGCCCGGGGUCCCACCGCCUGACGCCCCUGGCUGGCACCCUGCGCCCCCCGCAGCCCCGCCGGCGCGGGGAGCACCUGCCGCGGCCCCCGAGUCUGAGGGCUCAUCGGACGAGGAGGCCGCCUGGGAGACCGCAGAGGAGCCGGACGAGGAGCCUGAGGACGGGCCGGUGACGCCCAAAGGAAAAACUAAAUAUCAGUGUGAGAAGUCUGACAAAGAGGCAGAAAAGGAGGAAGAAAAAAAUAAGUUCAACAAAGAGCAAGAAGGACCCAACUAAAAGGGGUCUGCGCCAACAGAGAAGAGGCCCGGAAAAUCCAGUUGGCACAAAAGAAAGAAGAUGAAGAAAGAAGAGAGAAUCUGUUGUUCAUAGUUUUUAGGUUUUUCAGUUUUUAGAAGCCCACGGGAAUUUCAAUAACACUGAUGUCAUUCCAAACUGCAUCACCCAAAAAGUGAUAUCCAAUGAAAUAUGACUCCUCUCUUACAUUUGAUAGAUAUAUUUGACAGAUAUUUGUUCUAGUUAAAAAUAAGUUUGUUUUAAAUUAAUACACUGGGAUGUAGGCAGAUUUUACUUAAAGUAUCUUGACUCAAAUCCUUUUCCUCUUUGUUUUGGCCCACUGUACCUUCAUUGAAAGGUAUCACUUUCCGUCAUUUGGUGAGCCUGUUUCAAAUUUUUCUAUUACA